AUGGAUAGUAUUCAACAGCCAACAGCAAUUGAAUAUACUAAGAAUUUACUUAGUUUAAAAACGAAAAGAAAACCAAUAUUGUGGAUUGUAAGUAAUUGUCACACAUUUUCUCGUCGAGAAAAGUAUGUUGAAUUGUUAAAACAACACAUCGAUGUUGAUAUUUAUGGAAAAUGUGGUAAAAAAUGUAUCGAUACAACAUGUUCGAAUAUUAAUAUGAAACAAUAUUAUUUUUAUUUAUCAUUUGAAAAUUCUCGGUGCUCACAAUAUAUGACAGAAAAACUAUGGAAUAUAUUGAAUGAUACAACGCAUCGUUUAGUACCGAUUGUGAUGGGAGCAAAAAAAACGGACUAUGACCAAAUUGUUCCACAAAAGUCAUUUAUUCAUGUCGAUGAAUUUAACUCACCUGAACAACUUGCAAAAUAUUUGAAAUAUCUAAUGACGAACCCAAAAGAAUAUUUAGCCUAUUUAAUAUGGAGAGAAUAUUAUAUAAUAAAACCAAAUAAUGCAGUUGAAUGGAGAGAACUUUUAUGCCCAUUAUGUCAGAUAGCUUAUGAACAAGAAAAACAACAACAACAACGACGACGACAGCGAAAUAAAAUUAAUUUCAAAGAAUGGUAUAAUCCAAGUGUUGAUUGUCAUAAAAAUGAUGUUGAAAUUUAUAGUAUGUGUAAAAAUACAAGAUUAAAGUUAUUGAUGGAUCUUAUAUAUAGAAUUAGUUGUCCAUAA